UGCUUGAAGCGUAGGAGAGAGACCUGGGGACCCAGCUGGGCGCUCACCUGGUGGGGUCCCCUCUAGUGGACGGAGGAAGAACGUUGGAGCAACCUUCCUCCCCGCCCUCUGGCAGUGCAGGAGAGCUCAGGAGAUUGCUCACCUCCACCUGCCCGACAGGUGUCCUCCCUUCUUAUUCUCACGCCCACCUCCGGGCUUUGCUAUUCCCGUAUUCCACGUCCCCAAAGCCUAAACGUCCUUCCAGACCUAGCUCCCCUCCAAGUCCUCGAGUAUACUGGGAGCCAGACGUACCUCUCCUGUCCUGCCCUCCGGUGCCACCUGUUGUCUGGGCCCCACAUCGCGCUUCCCAGCACAUCUGCAGCUUAGCAAUACCGAAGGGCGGCCGCGAGCCUUCCACCCGACUGCCCUUUCCCCCGUGUUGAGCUGUACUAAUGCCAUCUCUGUGGAGCUUUGCAGAUGUCAAAACGCUCUCCAUCGCACACGCAUUUUCACGCGCACGCUUUUUUGGUUCAGAUCCUCACAGCAACUCUGAGAGGGACACUGACCUCACGCCCAUUUUACAGACGAAGAAGUGACAUUUGGGAGACACCUCAACGAGGAGAAAGAACAGUUCUGGGUUCAGAUCCCGGAGCAGGGAGAGCUCCGAGAGAACACUCGAGAGGGCGGGGAGAGCGAUGCGGCAGGAGCCACCCAAAGGCCGGCGGGGCUGGUGCUAGGAGCUGAGAUCCGAGUAACGCGCCAAGGACAGCUUCUAAUCUGUUCGGAUUUCAUCCUACAUUUAAAGAGAACCACGGAAUAAGCAGGGAAGUGACAAGGUCACCGUGACCAUUCUGAAGCAGGGGGGCUCUUGGACUAUUAAAUGGCCGCCCCGGUAUAGUUCCCCGUACCCACAUUCUGUGGUUUGCUAGCAUCAUAAACAGGGCUUAGAAGGAGGUGAAUUCUCAGCUUUAUUCCUGGAAGUGGGAGCUUUGAGUGAGCAAAUUCUAAGGCUUUUGGUCUAUCCCAAGAUUUCUGAAGACUCGCCUGGAUGAAACUGAAUUAGUUCCCCCACAGCUCUUGCGAAUAAUUAACCCGAACCCUAAAAUUCUGGCAGCUUCCCUGCGGAUUUUGAAACGCUUCUGACGAUUGGUCAUUAACUUUCCACGGCCAAGAAACGGGAGACACCAUUGGCUGGACGUAGCGGGCGAUACUCCGAAUGUUAGUCCUGUGGUUGCCAUAGCGACUGGGAGGCUGGGCGGUCCAGAUUCAAUACCCCUGACCUACAGGUAGGAGGCGGUUCCAGUUAGGGGCGGGUCCCUGAGGUCCUGAGGAGGAGCACACGGCGCAGCCCAUGGGACGCCCCCUGAGAUCCGCAGCCCCGGAUUCUAGGCCCGUGACAACCUGUCAUGUACAGUUGUACAAACAAGUACCCCAGUGAGGCACCCCUGAGCAGUGCUCCGUCCACACCUGGGUUGCACCAACUCCCCUCUCGACUUCCCAGUUCUAGGUGCUUAGAAGAAGAGUUAGCAGAGGUUUUCCACAAACAAAUGGAAUGCAUCACAGAACUUUGCUAACAUGGACAACUUUGCACAGAAGGACGAACGCCUUGGUAGACCUUCCAGACACACCAACAAGAUACAGAAAGGUUUUACUGCUGCAUAUCCAACAAAACCCUCCAUUCCUUUUAAAUCACAAAUUCCAGUAGCUCCAGAACAAGAAAAAAAAGGAUUUAACAGUCAAGCCAAGAGAUUUUAUCAGAAGCAGGAUGACAUUCCGGGUCCUGGGUUCUACAACGUCAUCCACAAGUCUCCUGUGUUCAACAGCGUCUCACUGUCCAAGAAGGGGACCUGCACCUUUCCCUCCAUGAGCGUCCGCUUGGGCACCAUCAUUUCUAAAUACCCUGCGGCGAAUGCGUACACUAUUCCAUCAGAUUUUAUUUCGAAGAAAGACUUCAGUAAUUCCUGUUCUAGCAUGUUCCAGUUGCCAAGCUUCAUGAAAGUUCUCAAAUCCGAAACCCCCGCACCAAACCACUACAACGCCUCCAUCUCUUGCUGCAAGCUAAAGAACAAUGUCUCCGCCCGAGCUGGGUUCCUGUCCAAGACCGGGAGAGACUCUUUCACCACCACGGUCACAGGACCUCCCCCAGGACAGUAUGAUGUCAACGAAUCCCUUGUGAAGCAGUCACCAAAGUCGUUAAUGUCUUGCUUUAAAUCAAAAACUGAUCGUGGAUUAAAACUGACGUCAACAGGCCCAGGGCCUGGUUACUACAACCCAAACGAUUACACCAGGGUUCCAAAGAAGACCCAUAUUCCGAAAAACUCCAUGCUGAACUUCUCUGCUCAGCCUUUGCCUCUGCCCCUGAAGCCGUCUCUGCCAGGCCCUGGGCAGUAUGAGAUCGUGGACUACGAGGGGCCCCCCAAGCACUUCAUCUCUAGCGCGUCAUUUGUGUCCAACACCAGCCGGUGGACAGCAGGACCGUCCCAGCAAGGCCUGCCCGGCCCAGCCACCUACAAGCCGGAAUUCCCGGGAAAGCAGUCGUUCCUCUACAACGAGGACCACAAAUGGAUCCCAGUGAUGUAGUGAGAAGCCAGGAAGACCCAGAGACACCAGGAAGGUGCUGGCUGGGCCCUCGACUCAGUUAAGGCUUCAUGUUGCACCUUCAGGAAGAACCUGGAAGCUGGCCCGGCCCCGGCCCUUUUCUUCAUCACCCCCCUGGAGAGCUGCCCGUGGUUCACAGGCUUGUGUAGCACGUGUGACAGUCCCUUGCUGGAGCCAGAGCCCUGGACGGAGCAGUUCCUAGGGGCAGGGAGGCCACACUGUGCCCUGUGCCACCAGAUCUCUCCCCCCUGACCUUGCCCCUGCCUGAGCCUGGGCUCCAUCCCCUCCUGACCUCCUGCUUCGGUGACAGAGACAGACUUAUUGACCAAGUUGGACGCCAUUUUUAACAGAUCUCUUCUGGCCUGCAUAAUUUCUCCUCAUCAAGAGGAAGGUGGAGCCCACCACUCAGCCCCUCCUCGCUCGGCCUUGCGUGGAGUCUCUCUUGCACCUCCCCCAGCCCCAGCCCUGCCCACAGGUCCUGGCCUCUCACUCUGCUGCCGCUGUUUUCCCGGGAAUGCUGCACCCUGGGCCUUCCUGUUAGAACUGGCUGCUGAUGGGCUCUCCCUUUGGGGGUGGGUGAAGGAGAGGGAGGGAAA